CCCUCAUGUGGGCUCCUGGGGGAACCCUGAGCAGACCCAGGCCUGGGGCUGGACUGCGAGAAGACAGGCAGAGGGGUCCCUGCACCUCCGAAGCCGGGCGCUGCAGGAUGCGGAUCCUAGGAGCCGUCAAGGCUUGAGACAGGAGCUUCUUCCGGAAGAGCGAAGUGGCAGGUGCAGAGGACAAUUCUCUCCUGAGGUGACCCGGAAGGCCUGCGCCGCAGGUGGCAGGUAGGGGUGGGAUGGAGCAGGCCUUGGCUCUGUCAGUUACGGUCCGGUCCGUCUUUCCCAGCCCUUUGGUACUUUCGCCCCAUUUGGCAGAUGGGGUGACGGAGGCCCCUGGCCAUGUGUCGCUCUGAAAGCUGGAGCGGGACUGAGCCCAGACCCCGACCCCACAGGAUUCUCUAUCUUCAUUUCUGGGCAUGCCAAAGCCAAGACCUUGAGGCUCCCCCACCUGGCGUCCCACGUCCCUCCUGGGAGCUGGAGUCGCAGCCCGGAGCCCCCAGCCUCAACCCCCGGCCGCCGAGAUGCUGCGGCAGUGGUCGGUGCAGUCGGGACAGGGCCCCGGGGGGCCGGAACUUGAGCCGGCCGCGGAGGGGCUGUGGGAGUCCGAGAUGGAGCGGCUGUGCGCCUCCCGCGCGGCCGUGCGCACGCUGCCCUACGCCAUGGCCGACAAGCGCUUCAUCCGGCAGCUGCGGGAGCCCGAGGGGGUGAAGACUUCAUGCUGGCAGUCGUGGCAGCGCAGGCGGCAGAUGGCAGGACGGCGCCUGGGGGAGGCAGCACAGCGGCUGGCCCGGGGCUGUGGGCUCUGGGAGGGGUCUCUCUACGAGAUCGGGGGCCUCUUUGGCACUGGAAUCCAGUCCUACUUCACCUUCCUUCGCUUCCUGCUGCUGCUCAACCUGCUGACGGUGCUGGUCACGGCCGGCUUCGUGCUGCUGCCCCUGGCCUGGCUCCACCCCCCUGACCCAGGCCCCGCCAUGAACUUGACCCUCCAGUGCCCCAGCAGCCACCAGCCCCAGACUGGUGUCCCGAAGUUCCACAAUCAACUUUGGAAUGUUUUAACUGGCAGGGCCUUCAGCAACACCUAUCUCUUCUAUGGCGCCUACCGGGUGGGGCCCGAGAGCAGCUCGGCGUACAGCAUCCGCCUGGCCUACCUCCUCAGCCCACUGGCCUGCCUGCUCCUCUGCUUCUGCGGGACCCUGCGGCGGAUGGUGAAGGGGCUGCCGCAGAAGCCACUCCUGGAUGGGGACUACAGGGUGCCUCUCAGCUCCAAGGUCUUCUCCUCCUGGGACUUCUGCAUCCAGGUGCAGGAAGCGGCCACCAUCAAGAAGCAUGCGAUCAGCAACGAGUUCAAGAUGGAGCUGGAGGAGAGCCAUCGCUUCCAGCUGGUGCAGCAGCAGUCCCCAGCCCAGAGGGCCUGCCACCUGCUCAGCUACCUGCGGGUCAACAUCCUCAUUGGGCUCCUGGUGGUUGGGGCCAUCAGUGCCAUCUUCUGGGCCACCAAGUACUCUCAGGACAACAAGGAGGAGUCCCUGUUUGUGCUGCUCCAGUACCUGCCCCCUGGCGUCAUCGCCCUGGUCAACUUUCUGGGUCCCCUGUUGUUCGUGUUCUUGGUCCAGCUGGAGAAUUAUUCUCCUAACACCGAGGUCAACCUCAUCCUUAUCUGGUGCGUGGUGCUGAAGUUGGCCAGCCUGGGGAUGUUCUCCUUCUCGCUGGGUCAGACGGUGCUGUGUAUCGGCAGAAACAAGACCAGCUGUGAGCCCUACGGCUACAACGCCUGUGACUACCAGUGCUGGGAGAACUCUGUGGGGCAGGAACUGUACAAGCUGAGCACCUUCAACUUCCUCCUCACCGUGGCCUUCGCCUUCCUGGUCAGCCUGCCUCGGAGGCUGCUGGUGGAGCGGUUCUCGGGUCGCUUCUGGACCUGGCUGGACCGGGAGGAGUUCCUGGUCCCCAAGAACGUGCUGGACAUCGUGGCGGCGCAGACAGUCACCUGGAUGGGCCUCUUCUACUGCCCCCUGCUGCCCUUGCUGAACAGCAUCUUCAUCUUCCUCACCUUCUACAUCAAGAAGUACACCCUCCUGAGGAACUCCAGGGCGUCUCGGCGCCUCUUCCGGGCCUCCAGCUCCACCUUCUUCUUCCAGCUGGUGCUGCUCCUGGGCCUGCUCCUGGCAGUGGUGCCCCUGGGCUAUGUGGUCACCAGCAUCCACUCCUCCUGGGACUGCGGCCUCUUCACCAACUACUCGGCCCCCUGGCAGGUGGUCCCAGAGCUGGUGGCCCUCCGGCUCCCGCCCCCUGGCCAGCGUGCCCUCCACUACCUCAGUUCCCACGCCUUCAGCUUUCCUCUCCUCCUCACGCUCAGCCUCGUCCUGACCGUGUGCGUCUCCCAGUCCCAGGCCAACGCCAGGGCCAUCCGCGGGCUCCGGAAGCAGCUGCUGUGGCAGGUCCAGGAGAAGUGGCACCUGGUGGAGGACCUGUCGCGGCUGCUGCGGGAGCUGGACCCGGGCGAAUAUCCGUGCCCCGAGUCCCCUCACUCCCGAGCCUCGCACCGACGGCCCUUCUGCCCCGGAUUCCCAUGCCCUGGCUCCCCGGGCCCCAGGCCCCCCUGGCCGGGACCCUCCCUCGCCGAUCCUGGGCUGCGCUCCCCGGGCCCUGGAUCACGGUCCUCCGAGACCCGCCCGCAGGUUCCGCCUCCCCAGUGGCAUGGAGCUGCAGCACCCUAACCCUGCCUAACCCUAACCCUGCCUCCACCCACCGCCUC